CAGCGGACGGUCUUCAACCCAAGGAAAUAUUCUUCUUCAACACCACUGUACUUUAGAGACCAUAGUAUACUUUAGAGACCAUCUGUUUUCACUGAGUUUUUGAAUGAAAGUGAGAACGCCUUCCUGAAGGCUCUAUAUUCCGCGUCUUGUGGAUAUUUCUCACCUCACAACGUCUUUUCCACAGGUUAUUUUUAGGUGGCAAUGACUCAGAAUUGAUGAUUCUUUACACAUUAUCAACAACAAUACCGCACCUGGGAAUCAGUGUUUUUUCAAACUAAGCUAUGAUCCUACGGACUGGAAUGCCUUAUGUGUAUUCUCUGUGUUUCACGAGAACACCCAAUUGCGCUUUGGUCAGAAAGAAAUCGAUAUUGCUGCUUGGAUUGUGUGUUUGACCAACAUUCAUAUAUGGAAGAAAUAAAGAAGUGAAGAAAUCUAAAAUCAAAAGGAAUGAAUUGCCCCUUUAUCAACGUCUUGACUGCUUUAUGUGCAUGUUUAAACAGCAGGGUGGUGGAUGCCAAGGAGCAUGAGUCCAGAUCAGGCUCUACUACUAACUUGUCUCCCUCAGACUUUCUGGACUCAUUAAUGGGUAGAACAUCUGGUUAUGAUGCACGAAUACGUCCAAACUUCAAAGGUCCCCCAGUUAAUGUUACCUGCAACAUAUUUAUCAACAGCUUUGGUUCUAUAGCAGAAACUACAAUGGAUUACAGAGUGAACAUCUUCCUGCGACAGAAGUGGAGAGACCCUCGGUUGGCGUACAGCAAAUACCCAGACUCCUCUCUGGACCUGGAUCCGUCCAUGUUGGAUUCUAUUUGGAAACCUGAUCUGUUCUUCGCCAACGAGAAAGGCGCCAACUUUCAUGAUGUCACCACAGACAACAAGCUCCUGAGGGUCUUCAAAGAUGGGACCGUCCUGUACAGUAUCAGGUUGACUCUCAUUCUAUCUUGCCCAAUGGAUCUGAAGAACUUUCCCAUGGACAUGCAGAUCUGUACCAUGCAACUGGAGAGCUUUGGCUACACCAUGAAUGAUUUGAUCUUUGAGUGGGAGAGCAAGGACAAAAAUCCUGUACAGGUGGCCGCUGGGUUGACCCUCCCCCAGUUCAUCAUGAGAGAUGAGAAGGAGCUUGGCUACUGUACCAAAAGCUACAACACUGGUAAAUUCACCUGCAUUGAGGUGAAGUUCCACUUGGAGAGACAGAUGGGUUACUACCUGAUCCAGAUGUACAUCCCCAGCCUCCUCAUCGUCAUCCUGUCCUGGGUCUCCUUCUGGAUCAACAUGGACGCCGCGCCUGCCAGGGUGGCACUGGGCAUCACCACCGUGCUCACCAUGACAACCCAGAGCUCCGGCUCCCGAGCCUCCCUUCCUAAGGUCUCCUAUGUGAAGGCCAUUGAUAUCUGGAUGGCCGUGUGUCUUCUGUUUGUAUUUGCUGCCCUACUGGAAUACGCUGGGGUUAACUUUGUCUCCAGGCAACAGAAGGAGUUCCUUCGCUUGAGGCGAAGACAGAGGCGGACUCACAGGGAUGACGACAUGAGGGAUGGCUUCAAUUACUCGGGUUACGGCAUGACUCAUUGUCUGAAGGAUGGGUCAGCUGUUAAAAACGCUGACCCAAACCCCGGCCCAGCACCACCUACCUCUAAAGAAAAAGAGGUGAUAAGGAAGAGGUUUGUGGACAGGGCCAAGAGGAUUGACACUGUGUCCCGAGCAGCCUUCCCUAUGGCCUUCCUCCUCUUCAACAUCUUCUAUUGGAUAACAUACAAGGUCAUCAGGCAUGAGGACAUUGGCAUGCAGUCAGGGUAGUCGCUCUGCCCUGCAGGUUUUACCUAUGGAACUCUCAGCUCUCUCUCUCUUUCUCUAUCAUUUCUCUAAAUGAGAAACGCUAGAACAGCACAGUGAGACUAAUGUAUCUUAUGGGACUAUACAUGGAGGAGAGGCACAGGGAUGUUGAUGGUGUUGGUGUUCUUUCAGGGAAAAUAUAUAGGUGUUCAUGCAAAAUCAAAAAGACUAAUGCACAUGUUUAGGAUUAACAAUUGAACAAUUGGUGAGUAACAGAUGUAUGUUUUCAAUGUGUUCCUGUGAGCUAACACAUCCUGGAGAUUAUAAUGGGUUUUUACUCAAGGCACAGAACAAUGAUGUAAAAAGGUGGACCAAAUUUUAUGAGACAAUUCUGACUUUGCAUUUGUACAACCUUGCAAUGGAGCAACAUUCCAUGGAUUUGUAUGUGCAAUAUUCUGGGCCUUAUAGUUAAGGUGUGGUGAAAAAAAAAGUUUAAGAAAAAGGUUGAUUAGAGCAGUUUUAUACAAUUGUACUGCAGUUCCUCACUGUGUCGACAAGCAGCAAUUAUUGUGUUUAUUAGGCAACACACACACACACACACACACACACACACACACACACACACACACACACACACACACACACACACACACACACACACACACACACACACACACACACACACACACACACACACACACACCAUAUAAGGCCUACAUCUGUUUAUAUUACAGAUGCAUUUUCCAGUUCGAUUCGGUUUUACAGUUGGAGUGUACGUUUUGUAAAUUUAACUGUAAUGAAAUGUUUAUUGUAAUGAAGGCAGAUGACAUGUUUCUAAAACAGAGAUUUCUACUUCUAAAGAUUCCUCUGAGGACUGUUGAAUGCAUCCCCUCACUUCCACACUGCAGUGCCCUCUUUGGGCAGUACGUAUUACAGUUGACAUUGUAUACUAUACAGUAUUUCAACUAUGAAGUAGAUCUUUAUAACUAGGGCCCUGUGUUUUUACAUUUACAUUUUACAUUUAAGUCAUUUAGCAGACGCUCUUAUCCGCUCUUAUGGCAAAUCAUGUCACAUGACCUAGAUUUGAACCUUUAUUUAAAGCUUUUUCAACAAACGGUCCCCUUUUCGUUAUAUGUCAGAUGGUCCAGCACAUUCUUUAGACAAUUGCUUUCAUUUUUUUGUGAAAUUCAAAUUUCUGUAAAAGGCUUAAAGAUGAAUUAUGCAGAAAUCACUCUGCCAUUUCCUGGUUACAAAAUUAUUAAUUGUUUGCCUAAUUUCCUAUUAAGUGACAAACAAGCAAGUAUAGUGUUGAGAAUCAUUGUACCAUCUAAACUGCUUUGAAAUAUAUUUUCCAUAACUAAAAAUAUUGUAUUUUCAGCUGUUUGAAGUCAAAAGUAAAAGACAAAAAAAAAAUCAACUUUAAAACGGGAAGCAUAGAAAUAGCGUACAUAGACCAUAUCUACCGCUUCUUAGACUUCCUUUCAAUGAAAAUGACAGAUGUAUAACUCACAUUUCUAUGUGAAGUUUGUCAGGUCGCCCCAAAACAUAUUGCAUCUUUAAAAUAAAAGAUUAAAAUCUAGGUCAUGUGACAUUAUAGCCGAAAACACAGAGCCCUUCUCAUAACACAUAAUAGUAUAGAGCAGUUAUUGGUCCUUGCACUUCUGACAUAAUAUGAGGAAAGUUUUUUCUUGAAUGGUGUUUCUGAAAAAGGUUAUUUACUAAACUGUACAUCAAUAAAGUUGAGUGUGCACCACUCUCCCUCAUCA